AUGACUACUGCUGCGAAUACUUUGGCCCGGUCCUUCUCAUCUGACAGCGCUGAUCUGGCCAUCCUGGUUCCCAAGGCCCCAACACCACUGUCGAUUUCCUACCAACAACUGUAUGCCAAUGUCACCAAUUUCCAGGCCAAGCUCGCUAGCUUCGGGGUUGCUCACGGUGGCGCCGUGUCACUGGCCCUCGGGAACUCUUACGAGUUCAUCGUCGCAUUCUUGGCUGCGUCCUGGCAGCGCGCCAUUGCCGCUCCACUCAACCCAGCCUAUAAGCGGGAGGAAUUUGAAUUUUACAUUGACGAUCUUAGCUCAACCUUGGUGCUUAUCCCCGAGGGGUCGUUUCUGCAGAAUGGUCCGGCCGUCCAGGCUGCGCAGAAGUACCAUGCGGCGAUUGCCGAGUGCUAUUGGGACGGCACGGAUGUCGUUCUGGACGUCAAAGAAUCGGGGAAACUAGCUGGUAAUGGCGGGGCUGAGGUUCAGCAUGCACAACCAGAUGAUGUGGCGCUCGUGCUACAUACGAGUGGAACGACUGGCAGGCCCAAAGCUGUUCCACUCACCCAUCGAAACCUCACUACAACCAUGAAAGAAAACAUCCGCAAUACGUACCAAUUGACCCCACAAGACCGCACAUACUUGGUGAUGCCCCUGUUCCACGUUCACGGUUUACUGGCGGCAUUCCUUGCACCACUUUACUCUGGAGGAUCUGUGAUUGUGCCGCCAAAGUUCUCUGCUUCAGAAUUCUGGUCGGACUUCGUCUCGUACAAAGCCAACUGGUACACGGCCGUGCCGACGAUCCACCAGAUCCUGCUCAAGACCCCGUUGCCCAACUCAAUUCCCCCGAUCCGUUUUAUUCGUUCCUGUUCCUCACCACUCUCUCCCAAAACAUUCCAGGACCUGGAGAAGACAUUCAACGCCCCGGUGCUGGAAGCGUAUGCGAUGACUGAGGCCGCCCAUCAGAUGACAAGCAACCCCCUCCCUCCCAGGAAGCGACAACCGGGAAGUGUUGGGAUUGGACAGGGGGUGGAAGUUAAGAUCCUCGACCAGGCCGGGAAAGAAGUGGCACAAGGCACCGAGGCCGAGAUCUGCGUGCGCGGCGACAACGUGACGAAGGGGUACCUGAACAACGCGGCGGCCAAUAAAUCAUCCUUCACGCAGGACGGAUAUUUCCGUACCGGAGAUCAGGGCAAGAAGGAUGCGGGUGGCUACGUGAUCAUUACCGGCCGUAUCAAAGAACUAAUCAACAAAGGAGGCGAGAAGAUCAGUCCCAUUGAGCUGGACAACACGCUGCUACAACAUCCCAAGGUCGCGGAAGCAGUGUGUUUCGCAAUCCCCGAUGAGGGACACUAUGGAGAAGAUAUCGGGGCUGCAGUCGUGGUGAAGAGCGGCAGAACAGCAACCGAUGAUGAACUAAAGGGGUGGGUUGGUAGUAGAUUGGCAAAAUUCAAGACGCCAAAGAAGGUCUGGCUCGUUGCGCAGAUCCCCAAAACGGCCACGGGCAAAAUCCAACGACGCAAGGUAGCAGAGACGAUGUUGACGCCAAAGGCGAAGCUAUAG